AUGAUGUCUGGACGAGGUAAGCAAGGCGGGAAAGCUCGCGCCAAGGCCAAGACCCGAUCUUCACGGGCGGGGCUCCAGUUUCCCGUUGGCCGAGUGCAUCGCCUGCUCCGCAAGGGCAACUAUGCCGAACGGGUCGGGGCUGGCGCGCCGGUGUACCUGGCGGCAGUGCUGGAGUACCUGACCGCGGAGAUCCUGGAGCUGGCGGGCAACGCGGCUCGCGACAACAAAAAGACGCGUAUCAUUCCGCGUCAUCUGCAGCUGGCCAUCCGAAACGACGAGGAGCUUAACAAACUGCUUGGCAAAGUUACCAUCGCUCAGGGUGGGGUCCUGCCCAACAUCCAGGCCGUGCUGCUGCCCAAGAAGACUGAGAGCCACCACAAGGCUAAGGGCAAGUAAUUGCAUAGAUUAUAGCAACUCUAGUAAAUUCAAACCAAAGGCUCUUUUCAGGGCCACCCAUGUUUUCUGUAAAAGAGUUUAACAUUUGUUACGUUGGACGAUGAAA